AAUGGGCGAGGCUUACCAGUCGGCGAUAUUCGAGUCGCUCCGCUCUCACUUACAUUUAUAACACCACAGACUCACGGACUUCUUUGAGGCCGAUAAACGUCACACGAAGUUGACGUCAACUUUGUCAUAUAUAUUUCACUACAGGACACGGGUGGAACUAACCGGGGAAAUAUUAUUUCUCAAAUUCCGAAGUGAGAGAGAAAACGGGACCGGCCACUGGCACUAGUCGCGUUGUGACGAUUGUGUUUUAACCCCGGGUCAAGUCAUCGGCGGUUUUCUUCGAGGAACGAACGAAUACGAGAAUUUCAGUCGGGAGUGCAAAAGGUGUGAUAACGCAAGUGAAAAACAAUCAUCAACAGGUUGGUUGUACACCUCGACGUGUAGGACUACUUUGGCUCAAUAGCUGUUGGAACUGGAAGAUAUGAAAUACUCGGUGUUGUGAUUUUGCACCGACAGUGGGGAGUACCGUGCGAAUACGAUGUUGCGAAUAUCAGCUGGCGGAGUGCUGUGUUUUGUACUACUACAGAUUCAGCUAAGUGUAAGCCAAGAAUUACAAGUAAACGUGACGUCAACUGAGUCCACUGCUACAGUACAAUGGAACGUUCUGUCGGAACAGGACACUCAUUACUAUCUCAAGUACCACAGAACUGGUGGAAUCUUCACAAGUGAUCUGACCUUCGAUGCUCCUUUCAGUGGCAGUCAGUUAACAGCUAAUAUAGAAGAUCUUUACCCAGGUGUCAACUAUUCGUUCUACAUCUUCAGAAAUGUGGAAGAUGGCAGUGGGAGAAUCUACAAAGACUCAUUUAACACAGUUCCGUUGCCACCUGAAAACAUCAAUGUGAUGGACCGUGGUUCGUCCAGUCUGUUGCUCAAGUGGGAGUCCGGCUACAACAGUUCACAGAAGUCCCACGAAAUCUCCUACAUAGAUGAUGAUGAUGUUGGGUCCAGCGCCACGGUCAGUGGGACGGAGUUCACCGAGUUCAACCUGACCGGACUGCAGCCUGGUCACAACUACAGCAUCGUCAUCGUGGCCACCAUCGGCAACAAGAAGAGCAACGACUCAGAGAUCUUUACAACAAUUACAGCACCUGGCCAGCCUUUGGAUUUCGUUGUCAAGGCGAAGAACACGACUCAUUUAGAGACGUCAUGGACUGCAGGAAAGGACAGCAUACAGGAUGGUUACUCAGUGAAGUUCUCCGAUCCGGGUAAAGAACCGGAGAACACCGCAUCAUGUGACAUGAAAUCACCAUGUGUGUUUGCACCGGGUGGUCUACCUGGCCAUCUGUUCACAGUCAAAGUGUACGCACACCGAGACAAUAUUCUUGGAAUUCCAGCAGUCACUGACCACAACACAGCACCAAAACCAGUAACAACCAUCCAAGGAACUGAAGGUGUGAGGAAUAUAUCAGUUUCGUGGGAUCCGGUAAUGCACACAGAAUUUGACUGGUACAGGGUGGAAAUUAUCAACACCGCCACGACAGUGAAAAGCAUUUAUAAUGUAUCGAAAGAUGUGACGUCUUUCUCCAAGUCCAAUCUCACUGGAGGCAAUGCUUACACCAUGCAUGUCUUCACGGAAACCGUUACUGAAGAAAGUGCUGGUGUUACAGAACUCCUUGUUGCAUUGCCCGAGCCAGUGCUGGAUCUGAAAGGGAAAGGCGAGAACACCACGUCUCUUGCUGUGUCGUGGACCAUUCCAAAGAACACUGUGUUCAAAUCCAUCCGAGUUCUAGUAACAAAGUCCGGUGGGGCCCAGUUCAACCUGACAUAUCCAGACACAACCAGUGAAAUCAUCAUAGGAAGUCUGUUGCCAGGCCUGAUGUAUGACGUCACUGUGUUUGUGGUGGCCAGUGCAAGAGAAAGUGCUGGAUCUACAGGACGGUUUGGAACAAAACCAUAUCCCCCGAUUAUUGAAUCAGUUGUUGCUGGUGAGACUGAUGUCAGCGUAACGUUAGUGCCACCAGUUGAGGGAAUGUUCGAUUACCUCACCAUUCAGAUACAGGGAAAUAACGAUAUUAGAAAUGUGUCUAAGGAUUCACCCACGGCUGUGUUUACCGGUUUGAGUGAAGGAACGGAGUAUGUUGUGAUGGCUCACUCUGUCAGUGGGCAGCAGACCAGUGACUCGGUCGACAGAAUAUUCUUCACCAAGCCACGACCACCCACAAAUCUAGAAUUAUCAGCUUUAAAUUCCACUACGGUGGAGGUAAAGUGGGGACCUCCAGACAGAGGGAGUGCAUCAAAUUACACGGUUACCAUGGUUCCCAUGGAUGGCAGUGGACAGUCGGCCACCAUUACAACUGCUGACCUGACGUGGACGUUCCAUGACAAGGAAGCAGGGCAGACAUACAAUGUUACUGUAGUUAGCAAUCUCGGGGGAAUCUACAGUGAGCCUGUUGUUGGGCAGGUCACAACUACUCCAUUUCCUGUUACCCGAAUUUGGGUAUCAGCAAAAGGAACCGAUUUUGUUGCUGUUCAGUGGGAAAAACCUACUGGCACGUCGUACGACUAUUUUAUGUACGACCUUCCUGCUGCCAACAUAACGCACAAAAAACUCCCUGAUUCUCAUAUGAAGGAAACCAUACAAAAUCUCGAACCCGGGACAGAUUAUAUGAUAGUUCUUUAUGUCGUUAGCCGCACUGCAUCGGGGGAGGAUCUGCUAAGUCCAGGAACAUAUUUUAAUUUCUCCACCUAUCCGACUUCUGUUGCGACUCUGUCCAAGGUUGAAGUAAACACAACAGGAAUCCAUGUGAACUGGACAAGACCGGCUAAUUCCUUCAACUUUGAUUUCUUCUACCUCACACUCAAUCCCAACCACGGUCCACAGCCUAAUGUCUCGCGUGGACCCUGUGAGAAUAUCACCCAUUGCUGGAUGGUGAACAAUUCAGAGACAUCAUGGUGGUUUGUGGGUCUUGAACCGGGUCAGAUAUACAACAUCUCCAUCAACACUUACAAACAGAGAGUAGCACAGAAAACCUGGAUCAUUGGGGUACCCACUUUCCUCAUGGUGGCCACACAACCUCUGCCUGUGUACAAUUUGACUGUUUCCCCUAAGAACACUGACACCAUUGCAGUACAGUGGUCAGCCAGCCUGCAGAGUCAACAAGAUAGGUUUAUUGUCACCUAUGUCAGCAGUAAUCAGACGAAGACCCAGAAUGUUCUGUUUGUUGUUGAGACGUCCGUGUACGAGACUAGCCAGGAGCAGCUACUCAGUGGCUACACGUACAACAUUUCGGUUAAAGCUGUAAGGGACAGCCAUGACGCCAAGUCUGAAAGUGACGAGACGUACGACACUACGACAACGUAUCCCCAGUCUGUUCUAAAUUUGGUUGCGAGUGUAUCAGGAACAACAAUGAUGCUGGAGUGGAAGACUCAGACCGCGGGCAGCCGACAGGACUACUUCCAGGUGGACUACAAGCCCGUGUUGCGGGACAGUGGCGCUGGCUUCACCCAUGUCAACGUGACUCAGUCCUCUCUCGAGGUCAUGGACCGCUACCCGGGAGAAAUGUAUAAGAUCUUUGUGUAUGCUGUCAGUCAGGGAAUGACAAGCAGCGCCCAGAUGACGAAUGCUACGAUUCCUCCAUUGCCACCAUCAAAUGUCAGUGUAAUCAAAGAGAAGACAACUUCCUCGUCUGUGACAGUGGGCUGGAAAUACGACUCCAGUAUCACCUUUACCCAGACGUGGAUUCUACGCUACUACAAUAAAUCGUUCCACUCACCUGAAGAAGAAGUGGAACGGUCUGGUGCACAGACUGACUAUGAGCACACGUUUAACAACAUGUUGCCUGGUGCCCUCUACAGUAUUGACAUCCAGAGCAAAGUGGAGGCAAAAUUAUCAGACAAAAUGACAGUUAAUGCGACUGUCAAUCCCGUUGUGAACACAGUUAUAUCCGAAGACGUUCAGCAAACCACCAACAACACAAUCUACUUCUCAUACACUGUUGAAGAGGCGGAUCUAUUUGACAAUUUUCGGUUUUCCAUUGCCAACAGCAGCAGCAUUCCACCCGUGCACCGACCAAAGGACAGCCAGGAUCGCACAGUGUCCUUCAUUGGCCUCGUGGGUGGGACCAUGUACGCCGUUGAAACCGUCACAGAGAUUCGAGGACAGACCAGCGAACCCAAGAAAGAUUUCAUCAGAACAGUUCCCAACAGUGUUCCGGUGAUGUAUUCGCCGACAGCGAACACGGUGGUGAUAACGUUUGGCGAGCUGCAGGGUAACGCGGAGCGGUACGUGGUUCAGUGCGAGAAGGGUGGGUCGUCAUGCUGGAACCAGGAAUACCCCGUCACCACUCCACAGGCCAUCGUCCGCAACCUCCGGCCGUUCACCCAGUACAACAUCAUAGUGAGCACCUUUGCCGGCAAAAAAAGCAAAUCACAGACGUUGUCAACAAAAACCAAAUCAGCAGCCCCAUCUGAAGUGAGGAACGUACAGCUAGAGGAGACGGAACUGCGUAAAGUGCGAGUCACGUGGGAUCUUCCAGAAUAUCUCAACGGAAUUCUCGAGUACUACUCGCUGUCUUUCAGUGGCAGAGAUCCAACAUUAAAUGAGCCCGUCUUUGACAACGGAACUAAGCAUAUUGAUAAAACACAAACCAUGUACAUCUUGGAAGGCUUGAAAGCAGGCUUCUUGUACACUGUUGAGGUACAAGCCUUCACAGUGGCCAUAGGUGAAGCAGGUCGGCACACAAUACAGCUUAAAGCAGACAAACCUGUCUUCAAGUCUGACUACGAUGAAGAGAAAGCCAAGCCACGUCGCGACAUAUCAGACGGUGCUGUCACUGAAGCGCAGUUAAAACUGACCUUCGCCAAUGCCUUCUCCGAUUUUAAUGGACGGGUAAUUGCGUACACUGUAAUCGUCUCGACAAACCCAGCUCUCUCCGACACCACAUCCUUACAGCUGCCUAGCUGGAAAGAUGCCCAAAAGGACUCGAAGAUUGUCGUUUAUCAAACCACAGGCAAUUGUACAGACUUCUUCUUGGAGGGUUCAACAUGUGGUAUGCCAGCAGCACGUCGAAAACGUGCCUCAGCUGAAAAACCUUUCAGACUCUUCACUGUUGGAGCAGACUCGAGUUGUUCUGAACAGAAGUACUGUAACGGACCUCUGAGGGCCGAGACGGGUUAUCACAUCAAGCUUAGAGCUUUCACAACAGCAGGCUUUGCUGAAACGGAAUAUUCUGAAAAAAUUACAACUGCUGGGAGCCCCAGUAAUGCUGGAGGAAUCAUCGGUGGUGUGAUCGCAGCGAUCGUCAUUGCUGCUGUCAUUGUAGUAGUAGUUUUCAUUUGGUAUCGCCGACGACAGCCCAAGAGAGCUCAGAAGUACCUCGGUGACCGCAGAGAGCUUGAAGAAGCAAGCAUGGCCAAGAUGAGCCGUCCCAUUAAAUUGGUUGAUUAUGGAGAACAUGUCAGGAAAAUGGCAGCCGACUCUGAUUUCCGAUAUGCUGAAGAAUAUGAGGAUCUGAAAGAAGUGGGGCGUGACCAGCCAACCCUUGCAGCCGAGUUCCCACCUAAUCGACCUAAGAAUCGCUUCACCAACAUUUUACCAUAUGAUCACUCGAGGGUCAAACUCCUUCCCACCGAUGACGAUGAGGGGUCAGACUAUAUCAAUGCUAAUUAUGUCCCGGGCUACCUGUCCAAGAGGGAGUAUAUUGCCACCCAAGGCCCACUGCCAUCAACACGAGAUGACUUCUGGAGGAUGGUUUGGGAACAGAACACCAGAAAUAUUGUCAUGUUGACCAAGUGUAUGGAGAAGGGGCGGGAAAAGAGUGACCACUACUGGCCUAACGAUUCGGAACCCAAGUUUUAUGGAGAUCUCCAAGUCUGCAUACUGAACGAAACCCACCUACCAGACUGGACUAUAUCCGAGUUCAAAAUGUCAUUAGGAGAUACUUCACGCCAGAUACGACACUUUCACUACAAGGCCUGGCCAGACUUUGGUGUUCCCAGAGAUCCAACGUCGCUGUUGAGAUUUGUUCGAACAGUGAGAGAGAAAUUGUUCCGUGAGGAAGGGCCUGUCGUUGUACACUGCAGUGCCGGGGUUGGCCGAUCAGGAACAUUUAUUGUACUAGACCACUGCCUACAGCAUAUUAAGGAGAAGGAUUAUGUAGAUAUAUACGGCAUUGUGUACAAGCUACGUAGAGAACGAGUACUUAUGGUGCAGACCGAGCAACAAUAUAAAUUCAUACAUGAGUGCAUACUGUGUGUGCUGGAAGGCCGGGAGGAUGAAGCUACGUACGCCAAUGUUGGUCAUGUCAAUGUUGGAUACGAUGGUAACAACAGUAGAAGCAGUGCUUUUGUUGAGAUCAGCUUUGAAGAUGAUGAAGGGAUUAACGUGGAAGUGAACUGAAAAAAGAGAAAGAUUUUAAGUCAAAAAUUAACAUGCUUAGUUUACAAAUCACAUGUUUAUUAAUUUGUCUGUUGAAAUUUAAAUAUAUUUGUGAAUCAUGAGAUUCAUUAUUAGAAUCUCUUGAAGAACAAAAUAAAAAUGCUCAAAUUUCAUUUUGCCAAAAUAUUUUAAUGUGAUGAAAGCUAUUAUAUUUGCUUAGUAUGUGUAUAGACACCUGUCUUUGAUUGUGUAAUGUAUUUCCAGUGAGAAUAUGCACAUGUGGAAUACCAAAUGAUUUGGGGGCGGGCAGUGGUAAUAUUUCAAAAUGCACAAUGGAUCUAUCUUUAAAUAGCAGCAUUGUACGUUCAUGUAUAUUAUGUUAAAACAGACAGCUAUAUUACUUUAUGUUUGUAAAGAAUCUAUUAUAAAAUUAAAUUAGACAAAAAUCUGCAUUUUAAGUAAGCUUUUUAGCCCAGACACCAUUUUAGAAAAGAAAGGAAAAAAACCUCCUGCCAGCCAUGAGGUUUUAAUUUUGAUUUAAGUAACUGAAAAUAUACUCGGAUAAUCAGAUGUCAUUUAUAUUCCAAUAUUUUGAUUCAAAUAACUUAAAAUAUACUCAGAUAAGCAGGUUUUCACUUUCAUAGUGCAAUUUUAGAUGAUCCUUUUGUCCAUAAGAAAAACGUCUAAUUUUGUUCAUAACAAACGACAAUGUCUUUAUUAUGGUAUUCUUGCUUACUGACCUUUCGUCUCUUUCUCUCCAUCAACAAAAUGUCAAUUUAAUCUCAUGUUAGACACCAAAUAGCCAUAGUUUAAUAUGUGCUGAGGUGUCAUUAAACAAACAUUCCUUUCUUUUAUUUUUACUGGUCUUUGGUUUUAAACAUUAUGGAGGAAUUUUUUAAGCACUCAGUGGAUCAUUGUCAGUCAUUUUCUUGCUACGCUGCAAGGGAGUUGUGUUAUUAAAAGUCUAUAGGUACGUGUACUGUAGUUAAAUGUUUGUAUACAAACCAGUGAUAGAAUUCUAUUCUACAGUGUAUAGCACAUACAGUUUACCAGUCCUAGUGUUACUGUUAGUCAAAUACUGGUGCUAGUGAAUAUGAGAUUGUUCAUAGAAGGAAAUGUGAUUGAGUGUAUCUGAGUCUAUAGACAGUAAUAUUAAUUAUACUCUGUGGAAUUUGUAUAACUGAAUGUAUUUGUCACAAGAAAAAACCGUCACAAGAAUUGUUGAUUAUAAGACUGUGGAAUUCGUAGAAUUGAUCAUGAUAAUGGUUGUGAUUUUUGUGGAAUAAUUAAUUUAUAUUAUCUGUAAAUUAAUAUUGAUUGAAUUUUUUUUCUUUAAUAAUAGGAUAAUUGAACAAAUACUUUAUAAGUUGUUGCUUUAUGCAUCACAUUAAUUGAUAACAGUUAAACCUCUGUUAAUCAAUCACUUAAGUAUAUAUAUUCCCCUCAAAAUAUUAUGCAAUAUAUGAUCAACAUGAUAAAUAAUAUGUAUUUUUAGUUGUAAUUAAAAUGAUACAUAUGUCAGAUAAUGUUAAAUUUAUGUCACUGACAUUUAGGGGAGUUUUGGCAGAGGAGGCGGUGUGUGUGAUAUAUUUUUGAUAUUGUUAAAAUAAGUCCACAUACAUUUACAGUUGGAAAAAUUAUUUAUGGAGAAAAGAACCUUAAGUUGCUUAAUAUUUUUGUGCGUGGAGUAUAUCUAAGUGACAGCUGACUGGUUAAUAGAGUAUACUAGUACGGUGAAACACUUUAAAACCAGACCCUCUGUAUACAGGAACUCCCUCAGAACACAACCUCUCUUACUCGGUCCCAUGGGCAUCUGGUUUACAGAGGUUUAACUGUGUUAAAUUAGAUAAUUUACACAAAUAAUACAAAUGGCACCUGUAGACAGGUGGCUGCUCAACAAAGGUUUGACUACAGGUAUAGUGUGUUUCGACUGAUGUUCAUUCCGUCAGCAAAAUUUUAAAAUGAUUUUUUUUUUUAAUUUAUAAUUGUAUAUUUUAAUACUGUGUACAUAGAAUUGAUUGUGGAAAUAUUUUUGUCAGUUGUAUAUAUUACUAUUUUUAAAUGUUUUAUGGACUUUUUACAGUUGCAAGAUGAUUGUAUGCAAGUUUUUAUUUACACACUAUUUAUAUUUGUGAUAUUUAGCUGUCUGUGUCAUAGUCCUCUUGUUUGUUCUGAAAUGUGUAAACAGAAGUGUGGUUGAACAAGAGUGAUCAUUAAAUUCUGUAUAGCCAAUUACGAAGUAGCAAUAUGAAGACUAAUUUUAAAUGCUAAUUGUUGUAUUUAAUUUAGCUUUAAAUGACUAUAUAUUACAAAAUAUAUUUGCCAAAUUCAAUCUCUGGAGAGAUUAUUUUAUUAUUAUUAUUAUUAAUGCUGUAUAUAUCAUGGCAGUUUUCAUAUCAGUAAAUUACUGCUGGAAUCCAAGAAUUUACUUUUGGUAUUUGAAUGAUUUUACAUUUUUUAAAGUUUUUUUCUCAGUGCCUCAUCUGUCUUAUUAAUAUAGUGCUGAGCUCAUGUUAGUAAUUAAUUUGAAUUUUACUGAAACAAAUAAAAAGCUGAAACAUUAUAACUCUAUUAUUAAAUGUUUUAAUACACAGACAAUGGCUUCAGGAAAGUUGUGAAUUUUGUGUGAUUGUGAGUUGAAUUAAGAGUUAUUAUUAGUCUUUUAGAUUGGUUGUCUUUUUACGCAUGUGUUUUUAUGUAUGUAAAUGAGACACCUGCAGUGCACUUCAGUCCGAAUGAGACACUUACUUUGCACUUCAGUCCGACUGUUAAACAGUGUGUUCUUUGUGUUUAAUAGUAUGAUAUUACACACCAGUUAUGUGAGUGUUGUAUUCUUUGUGCUUUGAACAUUGUACUAGUCACUGGGAUAAUGAAUGGUACUUAAGAUUUUAGGUAAAUGUAUUAUAUUGCAACAUAUUUACCUUUACUGAGAUUAUUUUUAUAAUAUUGAGAGGAUAAUCGCCAAGCUACCAUAUAUCAUCAAGUUUAUCAAUAUUUUUCAUUUGUAUGUGCUUUAGUGAGUGACAAAUCGAAAUUAUUUAAUGAGGGACAUAAACUUGUUAAUAACUGAUAUGGGUCUUAAUAUUAUAUUAUUACCCCAGCUUUGCUUUUUUGAAAACAAGCCAGAUUUUUAAAGAAAAACUGAAAAGUGUAGUAUAUUUCUGGGUUAUUUUGGAACAAUGACUGCUCUCUAUUAUAACUAAAAGACAAUUGAUGACAAAUACAUCUUUCUUGCACAUGUAUACUGAAAUAAAGAAAGAAGUUUGCCCAC